AGGCCGCGGUGGCCGCAUCAGUGCUGACGUGGGGCGACGUGGGCCGGCGCCGGUCCCGGUGGGGCUCGUCGUCCCACCUCCUCGCGUCCGUAAGCAGUGACGAGGCCCGCUACGUAAAUCGCUUCGCGGCGGGGUAAAGAAGAAAACGAAGGAGCAAAGCAUUGAUUACAAAUGUCUUAAUAAUGAGCAAAUGUGGCAGGAAAAAAUAUAUUAAAACAAAUCUAAGACAAAUGACCAUGGAAACAAUUGACUCUCAGCAGGAUGGAAGUAUACCAGAUUCUGUGGCAGAGAGCGAAUCUGCUCACAUGCAGACGCAGACUGGUCAAAAUUCAAUCCCCACUUUAGCUCAGGUUUCUGUAGCUGGGUCAGGCACCGGAAGAGGCUCCCCAGCUGUAACUCUAGUACAGUUACCUUCAGGCCAAACUGUACAUGUCCAGGGAGUAUUUCAGACACCACAGCCGUCGGUUAUUCAGUCACCACAAAUACAAGCUAUUCAGGUAGCAACAAUUGCAGAGACAGAUGAGUCUGCAGAAUCAGAAAGAGUAAUUGAUUUUCAUAAACGCAGAGAAAUCCUUUCACGAAGACCCUCUUACCGAAAAAUACUGAAUGAACUUUCCUCUGAUGUGCCUGGUGUUCCCAAGAUUGAAGAAGAAAAAUCCGAGGAAGAAGGAACGUCACCGAAUAUCGCUGCCAUGGCUUUGCCGACUAGCAUAUAUCAGACUAGCACGGGGCAAUACAUUGCUAUAGCCCAAGGUGGAACAAUCCAGAUUUCUAACCCAGGAUCUGAUGGUGUUCAGGGACUGCAGGCAUUAACAAUGACAAAUUCAGGAGCUCCUCCGCCAGGUGCUACAAUUGUACAGUACGCAGCACAGUCAGCAGAUGGCACACAGCAGUUCUUUGUCCCAGGCAGCCAGGUGGUGGUUCAAGAUGAGGAAACUGAACUUGCCCCAAGUCACAUGGCUGCCACCACUGGUGACAUGCCGACUUACCAGAUCCGAGCUCCGACCACUGCUUUGCCGCAGGGAGUAAUGAUGGCUGCCUCGCCGGGAAGCCUGCACAGUCCCCAGCAACUAGCAGAGGAAGCAACACGCAAACGAGAGCUGAGGCUAAUGAAAAAUAGGGAAGCUGCUAAAGAAUGUCGACGUCGAAAGAAAGAAUAUGUCAAAUGUCUGGAGAGUCGAGUUGCAGUGCUGGAAGUUCAGAACAAGAAGCUCAUAGAGGAACUGGAAACCUUGAAAGACAUUUGCUCUCCUAAAACAGAUUAGUAGAAAUAUUUAACUAUGAACUGAUUGCAAUAUGUACAGUUGCUUUUGAAGGCAAUACAAUAUAAAGCCGGCAAGAAUUAUGGCUUUUUUUUCCCCUUUAUCAUUCAUCGUAUUUUCUAAUCUCUUAACAUUCCCAAACUGCUUCACUGUACGUAGUUAACUCUUAGCUGUAACUUCAAUUUUUUAAAAGAGGAAAACUGUAAAAAAAAAAAAGGUAUGUAACAAAUUCUUAAAAUGCAACAUUUGUAAGGCUUGUUCCAGUGCCACAUAUUUGCAGUUCCUGAUCUCUGUGUCAUGAACAGUGUCCUAUGCAAUAAAAAUUUUUUGCAGGUCUUUAAAAAUCAUUUUAGGAAAGGAUGAUCAAAGAUAAUGCAUCCAGCAGUACGAUAAAAGUAAACCACAAAAAAUACCUCAGGAAAGAACUAAAAGAAAGAAAGAAUUGAAAGAAUCUAAUGACAUGCCUAUGUGAAAAUAAUAGCCUAUAAAUGAAUUUAUGGCAUUUGCAGAUUUUUAUAUUGGUUGCUUUGUAAAGAAAAUAUUGUAUUGCUGUCCUUGAAUGCCAUAGUUGAAGAGAGUUUUUAAUAGAACCAUGUUGGUUACACUUUGUAGCGUUUGGUGCUCAUUUAACUAUCUGAACAUAUACUACAGUUUUUACUCUAUUGUGUAACAUAAAAGAUCUUGCAGAA